GCAUUUUUGUUUAUACUUACAAUUGAUGUAAUUUACGUGCAGGGAAGUUGUUCAGUUGUUUAUCGUUUACCUGUUUGUAGUUUAUCAAAUGUAAAUUUUAAACAAUAAAUCAUUAUACAUAUAUAUCAACGUGCUUUAUAUCUCACAAAGAUAGUAUUAAUAUUAAAAUAGAAGUGAUCUUAUAUACUUUAGUUAAUACUUUAAAUUAAAACACAGCGAUGAGGGAAUUAACAACGUUAGUACUGUGGCUGGGGAUUUGUCACCAAACAUUCGCAGCAACGUUCAGUUGUUAUUCAUGCUCCUACACGUUGUCCGGGGAUCCUACACUGGACUACGAGUGUGUAACCCAACCUUGGAAUGUAACAAAGGGACUUCCGCAGGUCAGCUGUACCACUCCAAACCAGUGCUCCACCAGAGCAUCAAUCAGCACAGAUAAAAAACAGAUAAGGUCGGUAUCCCGGUCAUGCCUGACGCCGGCAGGAAUUUGUUCUGGGGACAACUGUUGCAGUACGGAUGGCGUGUAUCACACAUGUGAACAUAAAUGUAGAGAGAACAUGUGUAAUAAUCGUAACGCGGAGGAAUGGCUCGGUCAAGGCGGAACUUCCGGAGCAAAGGGAUAUCACUUCUCUUUAAUUGGGACGCUUAUAGUUUUAAUGCCGCUCAUCAGCCAACUUCUGUAUGUUUAGUGUUUUGUUUCAGUGACAGUAUCAGAUCUGUUUAAUUAUAUGUACUUUUUGUUCAGGAAAAAUAACACGAAAAAAAAACCCACAUUAUUCUUAAAUAUUUCAAGUAAAAAAAAAUAGGAAGGACUUUCGAGUGGGACUUUAGAGACUUUACUUGGUACAGACUAACAUUUGUUUUGGUUAUUGUUGCUUAACUUUUGAUAGAAACUGGAACAUUAAAAUGUAUUAUGUUAAAUGGAUUUCUAAAGAAAAAGAGAAUCGUGUUUGAAGUUGGAACCUUCGUUUAUAGUAAAGUUUUAGUCUAAAGGUCAUGGAGAUAUGCAAUAAAAUUAUUUGUUGAAGUUAA